UAUUUCAAUUUUUUAGCCAGGAUUCUUAUCAAAUGUUUCAGAAAUUCAGGAAUUACAAUUAAAAAAAAAAAAGGAGUUAUCAAAAUACUUGGAAAUGAUUGACACUGCAGAAAUUGCAGCAGCAUGUUAUCAUCAAAUACCUGCAGAAUAAUUCACUAUUGAGCCAUUGCAAAUGUCAAAUACGUCGACCAGCAGUGAUACGAGCGGCCUGUCUGCUGGAGCAACAGCAGCUACCAUCGCAUUAGCCGUAGUUGGUGGUAUUGUGGUCAUUGUUAUAGCUAUUGCAAUUAUCAGAUGCAUUCAGAAGAACAAAAUGCAAGCAAGGAACACAUCCAUGCAGAUAACUAGUGUAUCUGCUGUAAAUGUGGAUUCAAACAUCGACAUGGUGACAAUCGAGCGGUUUCUAGCAGAUAUAGUAAAAGAGAGGCCUGUCAGAUUUACUACUCAGAAUAUUAUAGAUUUUACACAAAACUUUGCACAGAAAUUGGGUUCAGGAGGCUUUGGAAUAGUCUACAAAGGACAGUUCCCCAAUGGUGUGCAGAUAGCGGUAAAAGUACUUCACAAAACUCAGGAUAAAAGAGCUGAAGAACAGUUCAUGGCAGAGAUAGGAACCAUAGGAAGAACAUACCACAUCAACCUUGUCCGGCUCUACGGAUUCUGUUUCGAUAACACUUUGAAAGCACUUGUUUAUGAGUACAUGGAGAAGGGAUCGCUGGACAGUUACUUGUUCGAUGAGAAUCAGAAGCUCAAAUGGGAAAAACUUCAUGAGAUUGCCAUUGGAACAGCCAAGGGGAUCAGAUACCUGCAUGAGGAGUGUCAGAAGAAGAUAGUGCAUUAUGAUAUAAAGCCUGGAAAUGUUCUUAUUGAUGCUAAUUUCUCUCCAAAAGUGGCUGAUUUCGGAUUGGCAACGCUUUGUGAUAGAGAUAAUUCCCACAUUAGCUUGACAGGAGGCAGGGGAACUCCUGGUUAUGCAGCACCAGAGCUCUGGAUGCCAUACCCUGUGACUCACAAGUGUGAUGUUUACAGCUACGGAAUGCUCCUGUUUGAGAUACUGGGAAGGAGACGGAAUCUCAAUCUCAGUCAGGCAGAGAGCCAAGAAUGGUUUCCGAGAUGGAUAUGGCACAAGUUUGAAGGAGGAGAACUAGACGGUGUUAUGACAAACUGUCGGAUUGAACACAGUAACAGAGAUAAAGCAGAGAGGAUGUGCAAGGUGGCAUUGUGGUGUGUUCAGUAUCAACCAGAUACAAGACCUUCAAUGAACAGCGUUGUGAGGAUGUUGGAAGGAGAGGAAGAGAUCAUUGCACCAACCAAUCCAUUCCAGUAUAUGAUGCCAUUUGAUGGAAGUUCAUCCCAGUGGAGUGAAAGCAGAGGAUAUUCAACUAGCACAGCAACAACAACAAAUGAAAGUGAAGCGAAUAUUUUAAUUCACCAAAAUCAGCAGUAAAACUGUAAAUUCAGGAAAUUCUUGUUCAUUUGUUCAAAUUCCAUAAAUUCUAUAAACUCCAUAUCUCUUUCCAAACAGUAUUGUAUAGUCCUCUGAGCAUCAGUCUCAACUAUCAA